UUGUUUUGCCGCUUUUUUAUAUUUGAUUUAGAAGCUGUUCUUCAGGUAACCGAAAUACCAGAACCAUUUGAGUUGCACAUAGAAAAUAAUAUAAAGGGAAAUGAGCAGAAAUCAGUGGUUGAACUUACGCUGGAUCCAUUUCAACUAAAAAAGACUUAUGGUUUCGAGAAUAAAAUUAUCGCUCAAAAUGGAAGAUUCAGUGUUUUUGAAUCAGUUAUAAAACAUCCUUUAAAGAAGUUGCAAAUUGCAUUACUUCGACCGAAUCCAAAUAAAUACAUUCUUUCAAUACAACCAGAUGUUGAUAGACAUAUGCAGGAAACGGUGGCAAUGAUUACGUGCCAUUCAAUUGAAAAUGGCUGCUACUGGGAAGGAAGUUUCUCAGAUCGAGCACUGGAAAGACCUCUGAAAGCCAAAUUAAUUUAUAAAAAAGAUGAAACGAACGCACAAAAUUAUAGAAUGCAUAUACAAACUGAAUUUGACUAUAGUGGUCAACCAGAAAGAUUGUUUUCCAAUUCAUUGCAUGUUUAUUAUGGUAUUGUACCAGCAAAAUAUCGUAAACGAAGUAUAUCAUCUCGAAAAAGAUAUGGUGAUAUACGAUUCCUGGCUGAACUAAAGAGUACUCAUUUAGCAAGUUCCCUUGAUACUCGUGCAUGGAUAAAAAUUGACCGACGGAUUGUUGGAAAAACAGCGAUUCCAAUACAUACUUCAUUGGGCUUAAGCAUUAAUAAUGCUAAACAAAUUCCUCGAUCGGUGGAAUACUCACUUGAAACAAAAACAGAUACAGUGAAAUUCAUGGAAGCUCAGCUAAAAUUAGCAGACUCUUCAUGGAAAACUAGAAUUGAAAAGAAUAGCAAUAAACCGUAUGCUCUACAAUUUUAUGAGAAUAAUAAACAACCGUCUUUUGUUGGAGAAUUCAAUUUUGGUAAGUAUGGAGCAGUUUUUGAAUUCCGUGAUGAAAAAUUACAUGAAGUCAAAGUUCAUCUUUCUGCUAAAAUGCCUAAUGAUUACGAGGCAAAAAUUGAUCUAUGGCAUAGUAAUGAGAAAAGAAAAAUCCAAGAUGUUCUUCUAGCUCUUCAAGUAAAUGCAUAA